AUGCGGAUAACCAGGAAUCCUCCACAGCGAGCUCAUCAGUCGGGCUCCCGUUUGAUGCUCUUCCUGUUUUGUCUGGCAGAGAUCUCGGGGAACUCGGAGGACAUCCCUCUGGUGCGCUGGCGGCAGCAGUGGCUGGAGAACGGCACUCUGCUGUUCCACAUCCACCACCAGGACGGCGGCCUCAGCCUCCCGGAGCCAACCGAGGACCCGGCCAGCGACUCCACCAAGGAAGAGCUCCGCAUCCUGCACAUCUCUGUGAUGAUUCUGUGGCUGUCCUCCCCGCUAACCUGUCCUCGGGGCAGAGUCAUCGCCCUUCAUCUGUCCAUCUUGCACGAUCUUGCAGCCCCUCUGUGGGGCGGGAUGAUCGCCCUCCUGCUCUCCGUCCUGUGCCUGGUGCUCAUCCUCUACACUCGCAGGCGCUGGUGCAAACGCCGCCGCAUCCCUCAGCCCCAGAAGAGCGCCAGCGCCGAGGCGGCCAACGAGAUCCACUACAUCCCCUCCGUGCUGAUGGGGGGGCAGGCCAGGGAGAGCUUAAGGAACUCCCGGGGCCAGGGGCCAAACUCCAGCGGGACCCUCAGCAUCCGGGAGACACCCAUUCUGGACGGGUAUGAGUACGACAUCACGGACCUGCGUCACCACCUGCAGCGGGAGUGCAUGAACGGGGGGGAGGAGUUCUCCAGCCAGGUCACGCGCACUUUGGACUCCCUUCAGGGCUGUAACGACAAGAACAACAUGGACCUCACUCCUGUGAGUGACAACACCAAGUUGGCCCUGAUGAACAAGUACAAGGACAACAUCAUCGCCACCAGCCCCAUGGACAGCAACCACCAGCAGAACACGCUGCUCCCUCACAACACCUCCACCAGCCAGCGCAAGCGGCUGUCCAGCAACACCCGCGCGGGUUCAACUUUCUUGAACCCGGACGGGGACUCUGGGACGGAGGCAGACAGCGAGCCUCAGCUGGCCUUUUACACUGACCCAAACCGCAGUCGGCGCCGGAGUCGAGGUAUGAGAAAUGGUAACGCCAACGCGUGGGGCUCUGGGGCAGGGUCCCCGCGGAGCCCCAUCAAUAAGACCACCCUGACCCUGAUCAGCGUCAUCAGCUGUGCCCUGGGCCUGGUCUACUCCUCUCACCUGUCCUGCAGCCUUCCCUGGCCUUACACCAUCUUCCAGCGAGGCUUCGAUCUGGUGAUGGGGGAACAGCCAUCUGAUCGCAUUUUCAGAUUCACAUACACUUUAGGAGAGGGAAUGUGGCUUCCACUGAGCAAAAGCUUUGUCAUCCCUCCUGCCGAGCUCGCCAUCAACCCGUCAGCCAAAUGCAAAACGGACAUGACCGUAAUGGAGGACGCGGUUGACGUAAGAGAGGAGUUGAUGAUCAGUUCCUCCUUCGACUCCUUGGAGGUCCUGCUGGACUCUUUCGGGCCCGUUAGAGACUGCACCAAGGAUAAUGGAGGCUGCAGCCGCAACUUCCGCUGCAUUUCCGACCGGAAGUUGGAUUCCACCGGAUGUGUGUGCCCUCCAGGGCUGAGCCCCAUGAAGGAUGGCACCGGGUGUUACGACCACCACAUCGGCAUCGACUGCUCCGAUGGCUUCAACGGAGGAUGUGAGCAGCUGUGUCUGCAACAGCUGGCCCCUCUAGAGGAUGACCCCACGCUCUACAACAUCCAGAUGUUCUGCGGGUGCAUCGAGGACUAUAAGCGUGGUCCUGACGGGAGGUCGUGCUUACCCCUGUCUGAGGCGUGCACGGAGGGCCUGGACUGCAGCGAGGCCGCAGAAGUCCCCGCCAACCAGACUGUGUUCGGAGACCUUUUCUACGGGUACAACAACCACAGCAGAGAGAGCACCUCCGGGCAGAUCCUAAAGGCCACGUUCAGAUUUGCUCUGUGGCCCCCGUGCGCGUUUCUCUUUGCACUGCGUGGCGCGGCAGCAGAAAGGCAGCGGGAUGAGAGCGACCGACACCAGGAAAAAGGGAAAAUGGCCACGGUGUGCAGAAGAUGCUCCCGGCUGCAGAGCGACAUGAGCCCGGUGCCCGUGCUCAGAGGGGGGGGUCCUAUCAGGGGGCGGCAUCCCGGGAGCACCAGGCUGGAUAUGAUUACAGAGCUCAGUGACAGGGCUUCUAUCUUCCUGCCUUUGCGAGAGCCAGUGGACUUCAGCCUUAAGAGGCGACAUCACGUGUAUCCAUACCACUCCAUCCUCUCACAGCUCAUCUUUGCCACCAUGACUUGGGGCCAGUUUCCUUAUAAUAUUGGCCACUAUAAGCAUAAGAGCUUAAAAUGUAAUUUAGGAGGAGCGUUUACAGGCACAGAAAGGAGCGCUGUAUUUGUCUACAACAGUAGAUAUUCACAGAGUCCCAAAGUGAGGGCAAAGGUGUCCAUAACUGUUCACCCACAGUGGCGUCCCCCCGCUGGUGGCUGGAGCUGCAGGACUCUGUCUGUGGCCCCACCCCCCCCGGACUGCCCCUACCUCAGCCAGGGGCUCGGGCUGCAGAAGAACUUUGCCCGAGGCAUCGAGCAGCAGCUCCCAGAUGGCAUGGUGGUGGCAUCGGUGCCAACAGAGGUUCAGUGCCACGAGGAGCUGUCAGACCCCGUGCCCGACCCAGAAUACCUCACAGAGCAGGGGUACAAGGCCGGUCAGAGCAGCCAUUCUAAACCGCAUCAUCCCAGUUCAGCCGUUAUCUCAGCUCCCUCCAGUCCCUGCCUGCCCCUCGCUUUGUGUUCCCGCUCCUCUUCACUGCUCAAAGCUUUUAUCCCUGGGUUUGCAGAGCUCUCGGCCCAGAACACAUCCCAGCACAGCAGCCCUUCUCCUGUUGGGCCUGGGCUCUGA